GGGUCCCGGCACCCGCGGCGGCGAGCUGAGCUCCGGGGUGGAGCGCGGCACUCCCGCCGCGGUCCCGGGUGACUCCCUCGGUGACGCCGCGCGCGUUCCUUCCUCUUCCUCUCCGGCCCCGCCUUCCUUUCCCUCCGCCCACCUCCCCGAAGCAGAGCCGCGGCCGCCGCCAGUAGCGCCGUCAUGUCGGCUCCUGCCGGGUCUCCUCAUCCGGCCGCCAGCGCCCGGAUCCCUCCCAAGCUUGGCGGAGCCGCCGCCCCAGGAGCCGCCGCGCCCGCGGUCCCGGGCUUGGGGCCGCACCAGCAGAACGGUCCAGCACAGAAUCAAAUGCAAGUUCCAUCUGGGUACGGGCUGCAUCCUCAGAACUACAUUGCUCCCUCAGGACAUUACUCUCAAGGACCUGGGAAGAUGACCUCAUUGCCCUUGGAUAGCCAGUGUGCUGGUUACUACUCUGGUCUCUAUACGAUACCAACGCAAAACGUGCUGACUCCGAAUACAGCCAGCCAACAGCCAGGAGCACAGCAGAUGUAUGGCAGGGUUCCUCCUGCCCCUCAUGUUGUGGGAUCCACUCCAGGAUCUUUCCAAGGUGCUGCAUCAUCAGCAUCGCAUUUGCAUACGAGUGCCUCCCAGCCGUACUCCUCUUUUGUGAAUCAUUACAGUAGUCCAGCCAUGUACUCUGCCAAUUCUUCAGUUGCUUCUCAGGGAUUUCCCUCUACUUGUGGUCACUAUGCUCUGUCAACUGUUUCUAAUGCUACGUAUCCUAGUGUUUCAUAUCCUUCUCUACCUGCUGGAGAUCCAUAUGGGCAACAAAUAUUUACCUCACAGAAUGCACCACCUGUCCGGCCAACUAGAGAUCAUUCUUUUUCUGGGCAAAAUACAGCCAUCAGCCAUCCAUCACCUCUUCCACCUCCACCAUCACAGCCGUACCACCAGCAGCAGAAUCUUUCAGGAUACAAUACUUUUUCAUGGUCAACUUCAGGCCUUCCAUCAACCCAAGACAAUCCAGUCCGAAACCAUACCUCCCCGACUGCAGCCAACAACAACCUAACAAAUACUGUUGCAGAUUCUUUGUCCUGUUCUGUAAUGCAAAAUGUUCAGCCUCCCAAGUCCAGCCCAGUAGUAUCCACUGUUUUGUCAGGAGCCUCAUCAGCAAGAACACCUCCUGCUGCAAAUCGCCCCAUUGAGCCUGUGGCCUCAGUUACACAACCGUCAGAGCUAUUACAGCAGAAAGGUGUUGACAGCUCUUCUACCACAAGCAGUGCUUCUCCAAUGCCCAACAGUUACGAUGCCCUAGAGGGAGGCAGCUAUCCAGAUAUGCUUUCCUCAUCAGCAAGCAGUCCUGCUCCUGAUCCUGCUCCUGAAGCUGACCCUGCUCCAGCCCCAGCUCCUGCUGCUCCUCAGCCCUCAAAAACGGCCAAGCCAUUUGGGUAUGGCUAUCCAACCCUUCAGCCUGGAUAUCAGAACGCUACAGCACCGCUUAAUUCUGGAGUACCUCCCAGUGGCCCGGUAUAUUCUGGACUCCAGCAGUAUGCUCAGCAGUAUCCUGGUAUGAACCAGCUCUCCUCCAGUUUGGGAGGAUUGAGUCUUCAGAGCUCUACACAGCCAGAAAGCUUGAGACCUGUAAACCUUACUCAGGAGAGGAAUAUUUUACCUAUGACUCCUGUUUGGGCUCCAGUACCUAACUUGAAUUUAGACCUCAAAAAAUUAAACUGUAGUCCAGAUUCCUUUCGGUGUACUUUGACAAAUAUUCCGCAGACGCAGGCUUUGCUGAAUAAGGCUAAGCUUCCUUUAGGAUUGUUGUUACAUCCCUUCCGAGACCUAACGCAAUUACCAGUGAUAACAUCCAAUACCAUUGUGAGGUGCCGGUCUUGUCGAACAUAUAUCAACCCUUUUGUGUCCUUCAUUGAUCAACGUAGAUGGAAAUGCAAUUUGUGCUAUAGAGUUAAUGAUGUUCCUGAAGAAUUUAUGUAUAACCCCCUUACCCGAUCUUAUGGAGAGCCUCACAAGCGGCCAGAAGUUCAGAAUUCAACAGUGGAGUUCAUUGCUUCCUCAGACUAUAUGCUUCGUCCUCCUCAACCCGCAGUUUACUUGUUUGUUUUAGAUGUGUCUCAUAAUGCAGUGGAGGCUGGAUAUUUGACAAUUUUGUGCCAGUCACUGUUAGAAAAUCUAGACAAGCUUCCUGGAGAUUCACGAACAAGAAUAGGAUUCAUGACCUUUGAUAGCACUAUUCAUUUCUAUAAUUUACAAGAAGGAUUAUCACAGCCUCAGAUGUUGAUUGUGUCUGAUAUAGAUGAUGUUUUUCUACCUACACCGGAUAGCUUACUUGUGAAUCUGUAUGAAAGUAAAGAGCUUAUAAAAGAUUUAUUGAAUGCAUUGCCAAAUAUGUUCAUCAAUACAAGAGAAACACACAGUGCCCUGGGUCCUGCGCUUCAGGCUGCCUUUAAAUUAAUGUCUCCAACAGGUGGCCGUGUGUCUGUAUUUCAGACACAGUUACCUUCCUUGGGGGCAGGACUUCUGCAAUCCAGAGAAGAUCCUAAUCAGAGAUCAAGCACAAAGGUUGUACAACAUCUUGGCCCUGCAACAGAUUUUUAUAAGAAACUCGCUUUAGAUUGCUCAGGGCAGCAGACUGCAGUGGAUCUGUUCCUUUUAAGUUCACAGUAUUCUGAUCUCGCUUCUCUAGCUUGCAUGUCCAAGUAUUCUGCAGGGUGCAUCUACUAUUACCCAUCUUUCCACUGUACCCACAAUCCUUCACAAGCAGAAAAGUUACAAAAAGAUCUGAAACGAUAUCUCACAAGAAAGAUUGGAUUUGAAGCUGUUAUGAGAAUAAGGUGUACUAAAGGUCUUUCAAUGCACACUUUUCAUGGAAACUUCUUUGUCCGGUCCACUGAUUUGUUAUCCCUUGCCAACAUCAAUCCUGAUGCUGGAUUUGCAGUACAGCUGUCAAUUGAAGAAAGUUUGACAGAUACUUCCUUGGUGUGCUUUCAAACAGCCCUGUUGUAUACAUCAAGCAAAGGUGAGCGGAGAAUCAGAGUGCAUACACUUUGCUUGCCAGUGGUCAGUUCACUAGCAGAUGUGUAUGCAGGAGUGGAUGUACAAGCUGCCAUCUGCCUUCUGGCAAACAUGGCUGUGGAUCGAUCAAUUUCAUCAAGUCUGUCAGAUGCAAGAGAUGCCUUGGUGAAUGCUGUGGUGGACUCAUUAUCUGCAUACGGCUCAACUGUCUCAAAUUUACAGCACUCUGGGUUGAUAGCACCCACCUCCCUCAAGUUGUUCCCUCUCUAUGUUUUGGCCCUUCUCAAACAGAAAGCAUUUAGAACUGGUACAAGCACACGCCUGGAUGAUCGUGUAUAUGCCAUGUGUCAGAUAAAGUGUCAGCCACUUGUUCAUCUAAUGAAGAUGAUUCAUCCCAACUUAUACAGGAUAGACAGAUUGACAGAUGAGGGUGCAAUACACGUUAACGACAGGGUUGUACCUCAGCCCCCGCUUCAAAAAUUGUCUGCAGAAAAACUGACAAGAGAAGGUGCUUUCCUUAUGGACUGUGGCUCUGUUUUUUACAUUUGGAUUGGAAAAGGCUGUGACAAUAACUUCAUAGAGGACGUGCUUGGGUAUCCUAACUUUGCGUCAAUACCACAGAAAAUGACACAUCUUCCAGAACUAGACACACUUUCAUCAGAAAGAGCCAGAUCCUUUAUAACUUGGCUUAGAGACAAUAGACCAUUAAGCCCAAUUCUUCACGUGGUAAAAGAUGAGAGUCCUGCCAAAACAGAAUUUUUUCAACAUUUGAUUGAAGACCGGACAGAAGCGGCCUUCUCUUACUAUGAGUUUUUGCUUCACGUUCAGCAGCAGAUUUGUAAGUGAAGUGGAAUAAAAUUGAAUACGAAGAAAAAGAUCUAUAAACGAGGUAAAGCAUAAUCUGUCAGAAAAGCACAUAGGAAAUUUGAAAUGAAGGAAUUUGUUGUUCCAAGAGACAAUGCAUAGCGUAGCACCCUGUGUGAGGCUUUGGCACAAGGUAAAGAAGAAGAAAGAAUGGGACAGGUUUUCUUCACCGUAAGUUAAUGGUCAUGAUAGUGCUGUUUCACCAAGUAUAUUUUGAAUUGGUUUCCACACAUUUCCAGUAGUGCAGUAGUACAGUAUCUGUUCAUUGCAAGCCGGCAAACCUAUGUAGCUCUGUGGAAUGGUAUGUCAUGAUGUAAAAUUAGAUAAAUUCCUUUUUCUUAUAAUUAAAGUAACAUUUCUGGACUUGAACUCUGACAAAAGAUGCCAAAAGGCAGUGGUACCAUGUUACUUGUUUAUAUAAAUUACUUUUUAACAAGGAAUGAUUCAUAUUCAUUAAAUGAAUUCAAUAUUUUCCCUGUAAAAACAAUAGUUUCAGAACAUGAACUAUAGAAAAAAAUAUAUAUAUAAUGUAUAUAACUGUUACAUUUGUAAAGAAAAUGUAAAAAUGUAACUACAGAAUAUGAAUUGCAUAAACUGUGCUCCAUCGUUGGAUGACAACUCUUUUUGUCGCAGUUAGAGAAUGAGGUUGACUAAUGCAUAUUAUGAAUUGAGUCCACAGAAGAAACACAAAACUCUUUGUAAUUCUGUUAAAUCUUUUAUGUGGAUUUAUUUAUGAUCAGCCUACUAAUUAAAAUAUUUUGCUUGACAAUA